AUGCUAGAGGGCAAAAAGAUAUUCCCACCACCUAUGUUGAUGCCAUUGGAAAAUGCUCCUAGACCAAAUCUCAACAGAGAUGAUAAACCACCAAAGAAAAAGAAGAAGAAAAGACGUGAUAGAAUCGGUCAUAUAGAGAAAGACAUAGAUCGUGACCUUGAUGUAAGAUCCCCAACAGAGCCACCAGAGAAUUUGACCCCACCCAAAGGUUUUGCUGCGCCCCUACAUCCGCCCCCUUCCGCAACAUCUAGACCGCCUCGGGCACAGUCGGGAAUUCCGUCACCAAAAUAUUCAAAGGGACCUCCUCAGAAACAUGAAAAUAGGUAUGUUGAGGAAAGUAUGGAAGAUGAGAAGGAGGAGUUAAAUAUUCUUGGCAAAAAAACACCCAUGGUAAAUGGGCAGGCUGUGCCAAUACGGGAAGCUCUGAGGAAAGUAUGA